AUGAAGAAUGUGGGGGAAAAGUUGAAAAACUUGUAUGUGGUUGUAGUCUUGGCAAACUCGAGGGUUGUGGAGAAAAACUUGAAGGAUGCUGAGAAGAACUUGGAGAAUACAAAGGAAAACUCAAAGGAUGCGGAGAAAAACUUGAAGAAUGCGGAGAAAAACUUGAAGAAUGUGGAUAAAAACUUGUUCAAAUGCAUGACGGUGGGGAAAUGGGAUGAAGUGGAGAAAAUAUACCGUGAAGAGCCUUUGAAUAGUGAUGGUUAUGCUAUAAAUGGUCGGGUGAAGAUCGGGAGUAUGUCUUUGUUGCUUUUCUCAUUUUAUACUCAAUGGUGGCCAAAGGGUCACCUUUCUCCGGCCAGAUGGAUAUUUUUCAUUCCUUAUGUGUCAGCUGGAACAUAUCUUAUUGAAGUUGCUGCAAUUGAUUACUCCUUUUCGCCAGUUCAAGUUGAUGUCAGUGCCAGAAACCCUGGUAAGAUUCAGGCCGCACUGGCAGAGAACAGGAAGGGCUUGACUGAGUUGGUUUUGGAGCCUUUGAGAGAAGAGCAAUAUUAUGAGAUAAGGGAACCCUUCUCCAUAAUGUCAGUCCUGAAAAGCCCGAUGGGUCUGAUGAUGGGAUUCAUGCUGAUUGUUGUGUUCCUUAUGCCCAAACUAAUGGAGAAUAUUGAUACCAUAAAAAUGAAACGAGCACAGGAAGAAAUGAGAAAUCAAGGGGUUCCCACUCUGGCAGGCUUGAUAUCUGGAGCGGGGAGGAGUUAAAGAUAACAGACAGAGCCACUUUAGAUGGCUGAAGUGUAACUUCAGAUGUAUGAAGAAUAUCUUCAGUCAACUAAAGAUUAAGUUAGUCUUCUGAAGAUUUUGUUGAAGGUUUUCUAAAGAGGCAGAACCACCUUAGACGACUGAACCCGAAAGUUUAAAUGUCUGAACACUAUUAAAUGAACAUAUUCUUGUGAGUUCUGAAAUAUUACCACUCAACCAAAAAUAUUAAGUUUCA